UCAACCUAAACAUCUUGGUAUUACACAACCCAUUGCCUUGAACUAUCCAACACCAAGAGAGAUUGAAGUUUCCGAUUUGCUGGUUCAAGAACUUAGUGCCCAAGGGACUUUUGAGAGCGAAGAAGAAAAAGUUGUUUUAGGAAAGCUUGAUAAACUAGUAAAAGAAGUUGUGUAUCGGAUAAGUAGAGAGAAGGAAAAACUGCCUGAACCUGAUGCCAGAGAAGCCGGAGGAAAGAUUUUUACUUUUGGAUCUUAUAGACUUGGUGUUCACGGCGCUGGCGCGGAUAUUGAUACAUUAUGUGUAGUUCCAAGACAUGUAUCUCGAGAAAAUUUCUUUUUAGUAAUGCAUGAAACUCUUUCGAAGCUUAGUGACGUUAACGAAUUAACCAGCGUCACUGACGCUUAUGUUCCAGUUAUCAAGAUGAAAUUUCAAGGCAUUCCAGUCAGUUUGUUAUUCUUUAGUCGUAUUCACUACUGA